GAGAAAAUCCUUCUGUGGCUUCUUCAGUUUAUGCAAGAACAAGGAAUUUCACUGGAUGAAGUUGACCAGGAUGGAAAUACUGCUGUUCACAUAGCUGCUCAACAUGGCUAUCUAGGAUGCAUACAGACAUUGGUUGAAUAUGGAGCAAAUGUCACCAUGCAAAACCACGUGGGAGAGAAACCCUCACAAAGUGCUGAGCGUCAUGGGCACACCAUGUGCUCCCGCUACUUAGUAGUUGUGGAGACAUGUAUGUCAUUGGCCUCUCAGGUUGUCAAGCUAACUAAGCAGCUGAAGGAGCAAACAGUGGAACGUGUGACAUUGCAGAACCAACUCCAGCAGCUUUUAGAAACCCAGCGGUCAGAGGGCAAGUCACUGCCCACAUCCCCAAGCUCACCAUCAUCUCCUGCUUCUGGCAAACCCCAGUGGAAAACAUCUGAAGCAGAUGAAUUGUCUCCACCAAAAAGUAAAUUGAACACCCAAGAUGGGAUUCAGAUUCUUGGCAGCUUGGGAACUUCUAGUCGCAAUCGAGCCAAGAUAAAAGAUGAGGACUCGGAUAAAAUCUUGCGCCAGUUGUUGGGGAAGGAAAUCUCUGAAAAUGUCUGUAUGCAGGAAAAGCUGACUUUGGAAUUUCAGGAUGCUCAUGCAUCCUCCAAGAACGUGAAGAAGAUUUUGCCAGAGAAAAGGGAGCUGAAGUUAGCCAGACUGAGGCAACUGAUGCAGAGGUCACUCAGCGAGUCUGACACAGACUCAGCUAAUUGUGAGGACCAGAAGAACACCCCUGUGAAAAGAACUGACAAACCAAGGCCUCAGCCCAUAGUGGAGAGUGUUGAGAGCACAGAGAGUUUGCACCUGAUGAUUAAGAAACACACUUCUGCAGCGGGACGCCGCUUCCCUUUUGGUAUCAGGGUCUCUAAGUCUGUGGAUGGCCACAGUCCUUCCCCUACUUCAGAGAGCAGCGAUCCAGAUAAUGAAGCCCCGUAUCAGUCUGGUACUGUACCUCAGAGCCAGUUUUGUGGAGACAACUCUUCGUCCUGCACAGACAGUGCCACUGCUCAAAAGGUUGCCACCAGCCCUAAGAGUGCUCUCAAGUCUCCAUCUUCAAAGCGCAGAACCUCCCAAAAUUUGAAACUCCGAGUCACUUUUGAGGAGCCUGUGGUGCAGGUGGAGUUGGCAGAGUCAGAACUAAACGAGGAAAAAGAUAAAGACCGAGGCAAGGGACUCGUGCGGGCUCCACCCAGCUCUGGGGAGCCAGCGGGAGACCAGCUGAAAAGGCCUUUUGGAACCUUUCGGUCCAUAAUGGAGACGCUGAGUGGCAACCAAAAUAACAACAAUAACUGUCAAGCAGCAAACCUGAUCAAAACCUCAUCAACGCUGCCUUUUACCUCAUUAGGAAGGAAGACAGCAGACAGCAAGGGAAAUCCAGCAGCUGGCACAAAAGGAAGAAACAAACCAGGUCCUUACUUCAGCUACACCAGUCUUUCCUCUAGCACGUUGAAUGAAGAACUUCUGUGUAACUUUGCUUGGCAUGAUGACAUCAAUAGGAAAAGCUGGAAAUCCGACAGUCAAAAGAGUACUGAAGAGCCAGAGCUGCAGGAAUUCUUCCUCUAAACCACAUCUCAUGAUGUCUCACUUUGUUUGAAAUACCUGAAAUAUAUCCUUUUGAAACACUAAUAUGAGACAUACCCCUCACCAGCAAAACAGCAGCUGUUAGGAUGCCUUAAUUUGUAGCAGUUAGACCAUAUACAAAACUUUUUUAUGAUAUAUGUGUAUAUGUAACUUGUUUGUAAGCUGUGCAGUGUAAAGGCAUGAGUGAGCAAAAGUAACAAUUCGAAAAUUGUUAUGACACAGGCAACCUCCAAAAUGUUUGUUGGGCCACAGAACACAUUUUGUACUUUGUGUCUUGCAUGGAUAUAUUGUCAUAUAUCUUUAUUUCCCUUUGUCAAUGGCAUAUACUGUCAAAGUUUCAGCCAGGACUCUGCCUGCCCAGCUCCUCAGUGAGACCAAGGCAAAAGCAUUGAUUUUUUUUGCAUAUGUUUUGUCUGUUGUUAUUUCUAUUUUUUGUAAAAAGGAAAUAAAGACGGUGUUAAUAGGA